AAAGAAGAAGAUGUAUGUGAUUGUGAGUGCUGUUACCGUCUACAACGUUCUGACUCUGGGUUACUGUCAGGGAAAUCUGUUGAGUCAAGCUGUUCUUACAAAGAAUACCUCAACGUCGCGAACGUUUGUCUGUACGUGUUCCGACGCUGCCAGCUGCACUGCAGACAAGUGGAAGGACCUUCUAGCUGAGUGUCGGCAGAUGUUGGAGAACAUCGACCAUCAGACCAAGUCAGAAGAAAGAAACCCUUUAGAGAAGCAAGAGGAAACCACUUCGGCACAAGAGACAACAACGUCGGCACAAGAGACAACCACGUCGGCACGAGAGACAACCACGUCGGCACAAGAGACAACCACGUCGGCACAAGAGACAACCACGUCGGCACAAGAGACAACCACGUCGGCACGAGAGACAACUACUUUGACCCAAAGUCCGACCACCACAGCAUCCUGUGUCUCGGACUGCACUGGUGUGGGCAAUGGGAGAUACCAGUCGUGUAUACGGUGCGACGGCUACGUGGAAUGCACUCAUGGAAACACACACCACAGACCAUGCUCCGCUGGUACACUGUGGGAUGAUAACAAGAAAAGCUGCCAGUUUCCUCCGUCACCUACCUGUGUCCUGAAUACCAUGUCAGAAAACGCACAAGAGACAACCACGCCUGCAGAGGUGACAACGACUCCGACCACCACAGGUCCUGUAUAUAGAGGUUGCUACCAGGAUGACGAAAAUCGUGUCCUUCCUCAUGAACACAUGCUAAACCGCACUAUGACGAUUGACAUGUGUCGAUUUCACUGUACCCAGUAUGGAUACUCCUUCUUGGGACUUGAGGUGGGAACGGAAUGUUACUGCGGAAACCUGAUCAAGAGUGGCUACAUGAAUGUGUCCGACAACGAGUGCAACUAUCCCUGUGCAGGGGACAACACCAAGAUGUGUGGAGGACCGUGGAGGAUGACCAUAUAUCAGGUUGUUUGACGGUCCUGUCAAUGUGCCUUAGAAAUAAAGGCAAGAGCCGGCCCUGAAGAACAUUCCGCCGGUCCGUGAAACCUUUGACUAUAUGACUGUGCUUGAAGUCGACUUCGCCGGUCGGUAUAUUACACGAGUCAUGGUAGCCAUGGUCUGAUACACAUAUGAACAACGUGUUUUGUUUUUUUUGUUUUUAUUU